AUGUUCGCAUUGCUUUUCUGUCUGACACUGCUUCCUGUUGUUGUCUACCUAUCUGUGAAGGAGAACCAGAGGAGUCAGGGAGGCUUGGCUGCCGAAGAGAUACUGGAUGAAUAUUUAAUCGCCCUUCAGCACAAAAACAGGUGAACUGUGAGGCAGGCAUGGGCCUUUGGGAGAGGCAGCUCCGGUUACACUGAGAGGACACAGUAGCUGACCGUCAAUAGGCUUAUAGUCACACAUAUAGGGUAGACUUUGGUUGGUUGCUCGUGCUGAGAGAUUGAAUGACACCAAUGAUGUAUGAGUGACACUGACACGCAAACUGUGUGAGGACAAUUUGGUUUCUAGGGAUUAGGCUUCGCUCGUUUGACCUGCUUGCAUAUAUAACAUGAUGCUCUCACGCACGCAUGCAAAAAACAUGAAAACAGACUUAAAACAUGUUUUUUCAUCUCAUUUUCAACUGUAGAUUCAUAAACCACUUGUGUGUAUUUCCUAGUGAUGAUUUGACCUUUGACCCAUAGGAUCUUAAAGAGACUGAAAACGAAAGAGCCCAAGGAGAUCGAGCUAGAGCGUCUGGAGCAGGGCUUCUCCAUCUAUCUGAAUGGCGCUAACGCUAGCAAGCUGACCAAGAGACCCAACCAGAAGUCUGCCACCUCGCCACCGCCGGCUCUGAGAGCUACACACACGGCUGGUACACAGCAUGCAGGACUAAAAUAGAUCUGCCAACACUUAGCACUAAAAUACAUGAUUUCAGUGUCGAUCAACAGCUGAGUAUAACCUACAAACCAUCUCUGCUACAAUACUAAAUCCUGGUUAGGCUAUUGUAGAUUCUGUCCCUGUUUAUUACUACUUUAUGACUAAGCUAAUGUUCGUAGCAUCCCUGAAAACCAUCCCACCCCUCAGUUAGCAUUUAGUAUAGUAUAAUCCUAUGCCCACGGCCGUUGAAUAAAUGAUAAUAAGUGACAUUCGUAACCAGCGGCCAUUUUUCCUCCUCUGUGUGCUAUGGAACCAUCUGUGUCUUGUUCUCCUCUGCUCUUCCUCUGAGGGCAGACUUGACUGCUCAUGUGCAGUGUCUCUGUUCUCCCUGCCUCUGACUCAUCACCAGAUGCCUCCAGAAGGGGUUUGCAGCUAGCAGAGGAGGAGAUCCACAAUCUGGAGGUGAACAGUAGCAAGAGGAGUCACACCGCCCCGGGAAAAGUGCAGAGGAGAGAAUGGGUUCAGGUAUCGCCAUUCUAGUUAGUCUACACCGUUGAAAUAGAAUCUAGUCAUUCUAUUUCUGUAGUAUCUAGUCAUUCUAUUUCUAAUGGUCUUUACACAGCCUAACCCUGAUGUAUAUAGAUUUAGUGAACAAAUCAACGAUCAUAGACAUAGAUGGUCACAAAUGGAAUAGAAUGUAGUGUUUUUGUUUAGAAUAAUGUUGUAUUUUAAUCUUUGCAGAAGUCGGUCAAUAUUCAAACAGAACAAGGACCCUGUUUGCGGAUAUCUCCAGAGAGACGGUACUCUGAAGACUUUGAACCCUACGACAGCAUAGAGAUGGAGGUACAGUAGGAAGAAAACAAUGGUCCUUUGUAGCUCAGUUGGCAGAGCAUAGCGCUUGUAACGUUCAAUUCCCGGGACCACCCAUAAGUAAAAUGUAUGAACGCUUGACUGUAAGUUGCUUUGGAUAAAAGCGUCUGCUAAAUGGUAUAUAUUAUAUGAUAUAUAAUUCCCACCAGGCUCAUGCGUGCGUGGGUGUCCAGUGUUCUUUGCCACAUUUCGAUAGUGUGUGCCAGCAUCUCUGUGUGAAAUACAGCAGUCAGUCUGAGUUUGCGUGAUUGCAUCUCACUCUGCUCUUUCUUCACCCUGUGCCUCUCCAGCGGUCGAGUCCACGUUCUCCUCGUAGCCCCCUGCGAAACUCCUGUAAGGUGUCAUGUUCGUUUGGCUCCAGGGCUGAUGGCCGAGGAGGUAGCCAGGCGGAGCCUGAACAUAAAAACGAACGGGUCCUACUGAACAUCGACGAGGUCAAGGUGAGACGUCAGCUGUUUCUCUCUCCCUCCUCUCUCUCUCUCUCUCUCCUCUUCUCUCCUCUUCUCUCUAUCCAAGACACUGAUCCAGGCUACCAAAGUGCAAGAAAUACAGCCAUCUUCACCAUUUCCAUCUCACCAGAUUACAUGUCGCCGUAAAUCAUUGAAUUCUAUCCAGAGAGUGCUGACUUAAUUUACGACGUUCUUCAUUUCCUCUUACGCCAAGCAGACAUUCCCUUCAGCGCAUUAUAAAUCAAGGCACAUAAAAUGUAUAACUGCCCUGUUUCUUCAACCUGCGCUAUAGCUCAGUGUAAACCCUGUUUGUGGUUUGUGUUACAUAUGGUGCAGUGGCGUGAAAGUGAGAGCUGAGUCGCCUUCAUUUGGUCACAAAACGGGAUGAAAACUUUUUUAAGCUGAGGAGGAAAAGCCUGUGCUUGUCUGAUAAGAAGACCAGUUUCAUUUCCGUUUCAACUCAAUUGAACAUACCCCUGGUGUUUUUUUUGGGGCUCAGGUGCUUCGACGGAGCCUGGAGGUGAGCGUGCGGAGGAGCAGCGGCAGCCGGGGGUCGGCGGGGGAGGAGUCGGACGAGGAGUGGGUGGAGGAGCAGAUAGAGAGGGAGGAGAGCACGGAGAGCCUGGAGGAGCUAGGCCUGCCUCCUUCCUCCUCCAACAAAACAUCUACUAACAUGAACCAUCCGCGAGCCACUGGGCCCAAAGGCUGCCUUCACGACCCUGCAGAGCUCAUGGUGCUGGACUUUGGGCCCUCUCCUAAAGGUAAUCCCAACAAUACAGAUUACAAUAUAUUCAUGUUAUUCAGCCAAGGAUGCAUCUUAACAUUCAACUAAAGUGGCUUCCUUUCCUUGUCCCCCCCUUCAUUUGCACUGAUCUUAAAUGAUAGGAUAGGUGAAAGCAAUAUGUUGGAUGCCUACUGAGGAUUUACCCAUCCAGAUGUUUUAUAUCAUUGCCGUUGAAGGGAAGGAGACUUGUAGAAGAUGCCUGUUUAGAGAUUUUAUUGAGAUGCAGCCUGGAAUUUGCUUCAGACUCUAUUAUCUUACCUCUUAGACCUUUCUUCCAUUGUGUUGCAGGCCAGAAGAUCGAGCGUUCGUUGUCAGCCAAGCGGAAAGACAACAUGGAAGCCUACGUCCCCACCAAGCCUCUGCUGGUGAAGAGCAAAACUCUGGACAGGCCCUCUUCAAAGGAGUGCAGGGAUGGCAGAGAUCCUCAACGUAUGUUCUGUUCUGCCCUGUAUGCAUGUCAUUCAUAAACCCAAGAAGCCUUAUUAGAAAAUAGCUGUCAAAUAGUAAACAACAGUCAAGUGUACAAUGGUCCCUGAACUGUGUUUCAAGAGUAUGACUCUUUCUCUCUCUCCCUCUCCCCCCUCUCUCUCCCUCUCCCCCCUCUCUCUGUCUCUUCCCCCACCCUCUCUCUCUCAGGGCCGAGGAGUCGUGUAGAGCGCCCCCUGUCUGCAGCGAGGAAGGUCUCCCAAGAGGAGCGCGACUCAGAGGAGACGGCGUGCAGGGUGCUCCAAGCCCUGCAGAUAGAGAACAGCCCACUGCAGAGCCCCGAGCCCAGGGCCUUCAGCCGCACCCCGGUAGGCUAGAUAACAACCAUAGAAAUAUAAUUAAUUAAUGUAAUUCUAUAUCUAUGGGCACAAUCAAGGGUUUGCUGUUCUGGGUCCACUAGUGAGUUGUGUUAUAUUCUUCGAAUCGGUCUGCUGUAAUGAUUCAUGUUUUACGUCCUAGCCUAUCCCAAUCUCUCUUAUUUUCUCAUCUUUUCUACUUUUAAUUCAACCUGGUUAGGCUACUAUCCUCUCUAAGUCUAACUCCAUUGUGCUCCUCCAUUUUAAGUCUAACUCCAUUGUGCUCCUCCAUUUUAAGUCUAACUCCAUUGUGCUCCUCCAUUUUAAGUCUAACUCCAUUGUGCUCCUCCAUUUUAAGUCUUACUCCAUUGUGCUCCUCCAUUUUAAAUCCACAGGUGAGAGGACACCAGAUGAUGAACGGCUCGCUGCGUGACGACGAUGACGACAAGGAAAGUGGGGUGACCAGAGCCAUGCAGAGAAUCACCCUGAUGGGACCCAGGUACCGUACUGCAACGUUACACACUAGUGUCCUUGCAUACUAUGCGUUAGGGCUUGAUCCUUAACCACUACAUGGAGAGGAAAAAGGACCGAAAUCGUAGUUACUGUCUAAGUCUAUACAGGGCGGCAGGUAGCUUAGUGGUUAAGAGCGUAGUGCCAGUAACCGAAAGGUCGCUGGUUCAAAUCCCUGAGCCGACUAGGUGAAAAAUCUGUCGAUGUGCCCUUGAGCAAGGCACUUAACCCUAAUUGCUCCUGUAAGUCGCUCUGGAUAAGAGCGUCUGCUAAAUGACUAAAAUCUAUACCAGGGGUGUCAAACUCAUUUUGCUUCGCGGGCCGCGUUCGGUCUUCACCGAGGUCCGGAGAGCCGCACUGAAAAUGUGUUAUAUUUUCUCAAUGUGCAAGAAAUCGUUUUUGGAAUUUUCGAUGUUCCCUGACUAUUCCGCUUUCGUUUUGGUGAUUCUUAGCAACCUGGAAAGAGUGUAGAGACUUUAUAAAUGUAAGUCCAAUAUAAUGUCUGAACAGUUUCGAUUUGGUUUGAGUCAUUUUAAUGUAGAAUGAGGUUGUUUUUACAAAUAUUUUUUUUUUGUCCAAAACCUUUGUUUAUUUUUUACUCAAAGCACCCGCGGGCCGCAUUGAAUGGGCUUGCGGACCAGAUCCGGGUCUAUACAAAUCCCUUGACUAUCCUUGACUGUCACAAAGGAAAAAAAACUAUGAAUGGCUAUGUUCCAAUAGUAUCCACACUAGCAUACUACAGAGAAAGAAACCAUCUAUAAGGUAUGGAUAUCGGGAUGUGGCCAAACGUAGUCUUGUCUGGUGACACUUGUUAGAAUGACACUGGCGUCGCUAACUUCGUCAUGCCUGUGUGCUUUCCCUUGCUGGGAUCAGAACGCCAUGGACAGACUGUGCAGUACAGUACAAAACUCGUAGUAAUGCAGUACGUCUUGGAGGACGGCACAAGAGCACCAGUAAUUGUAUACCUCCUACCGAGGCUCUCUAACAAUCAGAAACGUGUCAGUGGUAACCUAACCUCUCUGACCUUGAAGCAGAUUUAGUCACCAAAGCUGUAGCUGUAGUCUUCGAUAACUGUCAGUGACCAUGCAUACAUUUCCAUAGAUAAUCCCCAAGAGCAAGGUCAAAGACUAUUGAUGUGAUGAAAGACACAAUACAAUAGAUGACUAAUCAUUUUCUUCCAGGCAACAGCAGAGACUACUAAAGGCGUUGGAGAAACUGGAGGCAGGCACAAACUUUGACAUCCCUCAGACAGUGAAAACGGACAAAAGCAAACCACCGGUGAGUCACUCCAUCAAAUACCAGGGCUAGGAAUGACUAAGCGUAAAACAACUAGGUGAGACAAACAGUGAGGCUAAACAUAGAGGGAGGGAGACACACAGAGAGAUCUAAUAGUGUUCUAAUUCUAUAUCUCUGAUGCUAAGAAUACACUGUAUGAAGUGACAGCUUGGCUUGACUCAUGAAGUUCUGUUGUUGUCAUGGUGGCAGAAGAGGCGGGUCUCGGCCGAGGCACCGCCCACCGUAUACGUCACCAUGGAGAUCCUAAGUAACUGGGGGAACAGGGGCCAGGUGGGGCUGACGGAGAUGCAGUUCUUCGGCCCAGGGAACAGGAAGCUGUACGUGUCGCCACACGACCUGGACAUCCGGAACGCCGACUACCCUGGGAACCUCGGAGCGCUGGUCAACGGGAAAGCUAAAGUGAGUUGAGUUCUGCCCCCAAGCCUUUAAGAUAACAAUAAUUGAACUAUUUAGAAAGGUGAUGGUGCAUAUUUAAUAUUUAUACAUCAUUUUAGAGGGAUCCAUUAUAAAGGCAUUAGAACACUUUGCUUCAUAAGGAAUCAUUAUACAGCUUAUGAGCUGUUAUUAGCCUAUGUUGUGCAUGAUAAAGCAUUUUGCAUAGCACAUAAGGUGAUAUAAAUAUGCUUAAUAUGCAUAUAAGCGCUUAUCAUAGUUCAGAAUGUGUAUGUCCGCACAGCAAUGUUCUAGAAUAUUGGACCGUUGGCUUUCAUGCUUUUCAAAUUCUCAGCGCAGCUCAAGCUAUUUCUCCAACCGUCACCCCAUUCAAAUGAAUAGAAGACGCGUACACGGAACCAACUUUGGUUGGGAAUUUUGGGGAGGUGCGCGGUCGAGAUGUGCGUCCUCUGCGGACGGUGUCUCAGUAGCUAUGUCACAAUGGGCCACCGGACUAUCGUGGCUUUGGACUCUGAAUUAUGCUUUGUUAGGAUGGUAUUCAAAGUGUUGCCAGAUUAUAUUGGGUCUCUGGUCAUUUUAAGUGAAUGUAUUCAUCUAUUUUCUGAUUUAAACUGACUGCUUUUCUCUAUAUGUUGUUGUGUGUUGUUUUGACCACCAGACCACGAAGGAGCGUCAUAUGUGGACCUGUCCUUUCCAUCCUCCGGUCCAGCUCUACUUCAUCAUUAGGAACACGGAGCGCUCUCCGGACUUUGAGAUAUCCCGGAUCAAGAUCUGGAACUACAACAAGAGCAUCAAUGUAAGAGACCAGACUGACACCCUAUUUCUCCUUAUGUAGUGCACUACUUUUGACCUGAGCCUUUGCAAUAGAGGUUGCCAGUAGGUUGCCAGUUAUAGUAAAAAAGGGUUGCAUUAGGUGAUGAUUCGAAUGGAAUCUGAUAGAAAUGGUACUUAAGUAUAUUAAGUUCUUAGCACUUACUAUAUGUGCAACCCUUACAUAUGCAGCCUGAUUGGUUCAUCACGCCAGUCCUAGAUCAGGGUUUACAAAAAUACACACCAUUAACAGUUGCUCAUAAAUCCAGCUUGCUUCAGCCAGCCCCAGUCAUUGUAGAGGGUGAACCCCAUAUUGGCAGCAGGCUUUGGGAGGGAGGGUAGUUGCGUUUAACCAGUGGCUAUGUGAGCUGCCAGUCUGUCCAAAUGUGGAACAGUGAGGGAUUAACCCUGGAGGAUUAGUGAAGGGACGCCCGGGUGACUGCUCCUGCCUCCCGCCCAGCUGCUGUCACAAAGGGGACGGACGGGGGCACAAAGCCCAGGCAACCAGGGAUCUGUCUGGAACUAUGGAUGUUAUGGGUUGAUAUUAACCGUGUCUCUGUUCAUUGAGUCCUUUGUUAGGUAUUGGUGGUGUUUUAAGCUGCGAGGUAAGGAGCAGUGUGAUACGGUUGGAUCCAGGGGGUGGGGAUACACUGAUUUAAUGAGCAGGGAUUGAGGAGAUUUGAGUCUGGUUUUAGCCAUCCACUAUGUCUGUCUGCGUGUGUUGGUAAGGAGGCUACUUACGGUUAGCUUUACAGUUGACUAUGUCUGCACGGUUAGCUUAAUUUCCCACAGGUAUAUAUGUCUACAUACCUGUGGGUAAAUUGAAGAAAGAACAUUGGGACCUACAACUAGGAAGCUCCUUGGUUAACAGUGUGGUGUGAUUUUCAGUUUCAAUGUUGAUCGAGCUUUUUCACCUCUACAUUUUUUAUUUAAAUGUAUUAGACUUGGAGUUUGUUUUAAUGUUAAUUUUCUUAUACGGUCUACCAAUAUCAAUGUAUUAACUAAAUAUUGCGCUGCUUAGAGCCUGAAAUAGCCGUACUGUUCUUUUUCAGGACCUGGACAUUGGCGCCCGGCAUGUGAAUCUUUACCUCAACAGCACGCUGGUGUUCGAAGGCGAGCUGGACAAGGGCUGUGGCAACCAGGUCUUCGACUACAGCACCAGCAUUGCCCUCCAGGCACUCCAAGUCCCAGAAUCCUUCUCUCCCAGCCCCGUGGUGUCCGGACACAUUCUCUGUGGCGCCAGCCCACAGCGCCAUUAUGACAGGAACGUGGAGGGGAACAGCGGAGGGCACCAUUGUGACCCCAACCCCAACCACGGACUCACUCUCUCUGAGGGGCUGGCCCAGGUCAGAAUAGACUUGCAGGAUAAAACCUACAACCCCCUCUCCCCCAUCGCCCCCACAUCUACACACCGUCUCCUACAGAGGAACUCCAUUGACAUGGACCCUCCGGAACUGGACCUUCCCCACCCCCCUCUGAAACAGCAGCUGGAGCAGUCGGGUCAACCCACAGAGUGCACAGUCACCACGCAGCCUUCCUCCUCCAGGACUCCCCAGUGGCUACAGCCCAUGUCCCGGAGCGCCCCAGAGGGCUGCGAGGCUGCGAGGGAGAAGCCCCUCUGGCUAGUGCCCCAGCAAUCUGUGGAGUCCAAACCUUCCCUCCCACAAUCCUCCUCCACCUCCACCUCAGUGCUCCCAGAGCUGGGCUGUAACCCAGGGAGGGUGUGUCGUGGGGUGGAGAGGACGGUGAACGGGGGCCAGGGGAGUGCAGACUCUCUGGACCUGGGAGGUGACCUGCUGGAGGAGCUGAAUGACCAGCAGCGCCAGGACCAACCUGUUAGUGGACGUAGGAGCUCAGCCAGGCAUAAUAACACUAGUACUAGCAGCAGCAAACCAGCAGUGGAGCACCAGCAUGGAGCCAUUGGACUGUCCAUAGGUAGCUAACCCUGUGUGUAUGCUAUGUGCUUGUGUGGUCCUAGGACCUAUUGUGAGCCAUUCCAUACUUUUGCAGCUCCUUUAUCUACUCUGCUGUGCAGGAAAGAGACGAGACGUUCAUUUGAGUUCAUGUAACCGUCUUAAGGUCAGAGACAGAAUAAUCUCUAGUGGGAGCCUGUUUGUCUACUUGCCUUAGUUUUGCAACUCAAUAAUGAUUCCUCCACCCCCCCACCCCCUUUGUCUUGUCAACGGCAGACCAGACAUAUCUUUGUUUUUAAAUAAGAUUAUAGAGCAGACAGAUUACUGCAUCACAUAAAAUCUACAUCCUAUAAUAAUCUCUCUUUAUCUCCCUGACAACAGACUCCCAGCCAGACCCUCUAGUUAUGGGUCAUUUUCCUGCAAUCUGGAAACACACUAACACACAUGGCACGUGCCAGCUGGCUCUGACAAUAUCUAUUGUGGACAUAUCUCCCUGAAGUGGGUCAAAGAGUCUUUGACCAGCAUCACACCAGCUGUCGGAGCUGGGCUAUUUUGUGUGAAAAUUACAUAAACAUUACCAUUACUUUUAUCUUCUAUAUAUCUGGAAUAUGUAUAUAAAAAAAUUUUUAAAAAUAGAAGGAUUAUUGCGAGCCAUAACUUUAGUAGUAGAAAUCCUACUCUCAAAAUUAUAUGGAGUAGUACCACAAUUUAUGAAACGGGCCAAAAAUACGCUUGCUUUCUUCCCAUUGCUCUUAACUACACAUUUAUUAUGUACUCUGUCGUGUCUUGGAGGUAACAUGAGAGUGUGUGUGUUGAUUCCACAGAGGAGCCAGGUUCAGUAUCAGACAGCAGCAACCGGAGGCAGCAGCGUCCCCCCCGGGCCCAGCUCCGCAGCCAGCAGGACCAUGACGACACCCUCAUGGAGUCCUGGGACUCCCUCACCAAGUUCAACCAGUGCCAGCGUGGUCGCAUCUCCAACAUGAGCUUUGAGGGUGACAUCUUUGACGAGUUCCUCCAGCGUUCCUCCAGAGCCGCCACUAUUGCCAUAAUCCCCUCCUCCGGCCCAGGAGCCUCCCCCUGCAGCCCCAUCCCCCACUCCUCCCACCUCUCCUCCCCCGCCCCUCAAGGGGGCCUCUGCGAUGACCCAGAGGAUGACCUUUCCGCCGAGGCGGAGCGCGAGGAGGAGUUUGAGAUUCCGGUCCUCCCACGUGGUCAACGUCUGGUCAUUAAAAUCCUGUCCACGUGGGGCGAUCGCCACUAUGUGGGCCUCAACGGUCUCGAAGUCUUCAGCUCCAGCGGUCAGCCCCUCCUUCCCACCCGAAUCCGCGCCGACCCGCCUGAUAUCAACGUGCUGCCUGCCUACGGAAAGGACCCGCGUGUGGUCACCAACCUGAUCGAUGGCGUCAACCUCACACAGGACGACAUGCACCUGUGGCUGGCACCUUUCACCCAGGGGAGGAGUCACGUGAUCUACCUGGAGUUCGCCGGGCUGUGUCAGGUGGCCAUGAUAAGAGUGUGGAACUACAACAAGUCCAGGAUCCACUCCUUCCGGGGGGUGAAGGAAGCUGAAAUGCUGCUGGAUGGGAGGUGCAUCUUCAGGGGAGAGAUCGCCAAGGCGUCAGGGACUCUGUCUGGAGGUAGGGGAGCAUUAGUGAGGGACAGGCUCUCUCCCAUGACACCCAAAUGGGUCGUUCUAUGUCAUUUCAGCAAGCCAUGACACUCACCAUCUCAGAUUGUUCUGAAAUGGUUUCUGUAGUUAGAAACAGAUAAGAUAAGCACUCCUGCAACAUUAUUUUGUUGAAAACUAUUUGAACUCAACUAAUUGAUCACACCCAAAUUGGCCAUUUCAAUUUAUAGGAUUCAUAUAAUAUUCUAUAAGUAUAGUACUGAACAUCCGAUUUGGACCAAACCUCUUCUUAACAAUGAUUAACCCCACAAACCCCACGCCAAGCCCACCCCAACAUCCAGUAUACAGAAUCAGUUCUCUGUGUUUGACAAGUAGUAUGAAGCUGUAUGUAAUGUACCAGGUUUUACCCACUAGAUGUCGCUGUUCCUGCUACUGCCACAUCCUUUUAUCCAUUUUGCUGGUCUCUUGUGUUUAUUAAAUGGAUCACAACAUUGUCUUUGCAACUUUGGGUAGAAAACCAAUAGCUUUUGCUUAUGAUAAAAAUAAAUAAAUCUGCACAAUUCAAGCCAGUCCUCCAUGAAAGCGAUUAAGUUUGUCCUUCUCUUAGUCUUAAUCUGUGUCCAAGAAACGCCCCCUCUGCGCAUAGUUUAUUCAAAAAAGGUCUGGAUUAGACCAUUCCUGGUGAACUGAAUUGCUUUCAUGGAAAACUGACUUGACUUGUGAGGAUGCACAAUUUAUUUUAAUCACCAAAAUGCAAUCUGGGAAUGACAUAAGAACAUUAUAAUUAUGACAAUAUAACUAUUACAUUAGAUUAUAGAACUACAGCAUUUGUUUGGUGACAAAAUAGGUUUAGUGUCAUUUGUUGUCCAAGCAUGAAAACCUGUUUGCCUCUAACAAACGGAAUUCUACCUCCACUAGGGAUUACUCAUACUCAUUCCUAACUUCCACCCCUCUCGUCUUAGGUCUGGACCAGUUCGGGGACACCAUCUUGUUCACCACGGACGAUGAGAUCCUGGAGGCCAUGUCGCGCUAUGACGAGACGUUCUGCGGGGAGGCAAAGGGCUCUGAGGGGCUGGUGGGGUAUGAGGAGGAGCUGCAGAGGCCCCGCACGGCCGACGGAGAGGGGGAGGAGAGACCUUUCACCCAGGCUGGCUUCAGACCCGAGGACGACCUCACUGUGAGUAUGACCGGACUGAAUGGGACUAUACAGUGUAAAUGUGGAACGCCUGGAUUGAUACAGGACGUGCAGGUUUUGUUCCAGCCCAACACUAACAUUUCUGAUUUCUAUUCGCUGCCAUUUUCAGUUAAACCUCCAUCUGAACCCUACUGUUGGUCAGUCUGAGGAGACCCUGGAGCAGAUCCCAGGAAUGUACAAUGGAAAAUGUGAGGACUCCCUUCUAAAUUAGUGUUAUUCAUGAUCAAUUCACACAUUUUACACACAGGACUGGCAUUUUAUGUCUGUAAAAUGUAGCUAGCUCAGCUUGUUCCACACUGACUCUCCAAGCUCUCUCUCUCCUUCUCUCUCUCCCCCCAUCCCUCUUUCCAGGCCUUAGGAUAGAGUUGAGUAUGACGUGGGGGGACUCCCACUACCUGGGCAUGACGGGGUUAGAGGUGGUGGGGAAGGAGGGGGACAGCCUGCCUCUGGACCUGACCAUGGUGAACGCCUCGCCACGGGACCUCAACGACCUGCCUGAGUACGGCCAGGACACACGCACCCUCGACAAGUCAGUAGUGUGUGUGUGUGUGUGUGUCUGACCUUACAACGCUGACAAUGUAGAUGGAUCUAACUGCAUACCCUCUGACCACAGGAUGUAUUCUAAGUCAUGAAACGCCAAAGUUAUCUAAUUAACUUGUCAACAACAUCAUCAACAAAGCCAACAAGAGCGUUGCAAGGGAUUCUAUUCAACUGACUCCAACUCUUAUGUGUCUGUCGUUUCAAUGUUUAUUACAGCUUUGUUUCGAUAUAUAGCAGUGCUCAUCUACCCGCCCGUGGUAGGCCGUGCACAUCUUAGACAGUCAGAAUAGUAGGCUGGUAGAAUGCGGUCUCAGUGUGAUGUGAGCACUAGCCCAGUGGUAGGCACUAGCCCGUGGUAGGCCGUGCACAUCUUAGACAGUCAGUUAAACAGUCAUGGGUUGCUGGUAGGCCCUCAUAUUAACCCUCAAAAUCUAUUAAUCAUAUUUUCUCCUCUUCCCUUUCGUACUCCCUCAACCAAUCCUCCUCCCUCCAUUUUGAAAUACCAGAAUGGAGAAGGCCCCUGCCCUCUCCUGGCCCCUCUCCCCGGGGCCCCUCACCAGUCCAGACCGAUGAGCAAGCGGCUCCUCUCCUCCUUCUGGAUCUUGUUUUUUAGGUCGGAAGAAAUAGUGUGUGUCCGUGUUCAUCUGGAGCAUGUUGGCACUCAUUAGGUUGAUGAUGGACAGGCAGCGGUCCCAGAAGAUGUUCCUGGAGCUCUCCACCAGGAAGGGUCUCAGUGGGUAGGAGGUCUCGUUGCCCAUGUAGGAGCAAGUCCGGUAGAGGCAGGUGAUCACCACGUCCUGCAGCUGGUGCUCCGUACCCGCCUAAUAGGAGACCACCUUACAGUAUAGAUAAAUGUUGGCCGGGGUGAGGGUGCUCUGGUUCCCCCAGCCGUGGUCGAGCAGGAAGCGGUCCACGCUCUGAUGCUACAGCCCUGGGUCGUUGGGGGACAGGUUCUGGAGCCGGUAGCAGUCCUGGCACAGGAACUCACCCAGGCAGCGCAGCAUCUCGUCAGGGAAGACCUUGACCAUCACCCUCUUGGACAUGUCGGGGGCCGUGUUGGAGUUGGUCAGGGCGGCGUUGUCGGAGCUUUCAAUGAGGUCUGGGGGAUACUGGUCCUGGGUAAGGGUGGACAGGUUGGUGCAUGACUGAGGCUUCUCCAGGUUCUCGUUGUUGAGGUGGGUCACGUUGUUCUCUUUGGGCUGCACCUUCUUGGAGCCCUUCUUUUGCUUCUUGUUGAUGAGCGAGUGUCGCUUCUAGUUCUUGUCUUUGGCGUUCUUGCAGUUCUGAGCGGCCGUGUCGUGGCCCACCGUGACCGGCCCAUCUCCGGCCGCCUUCUGAUAGCUGGGCGAGAAAGACUGCACAUUUCCCAUGGUGACUGGGUAGCAAUCAGGAGUUGGAUCAGGAGACAGUCUGAGCAGAUUAUGUCUUGGCACUGAGUUCUUAUUAGAAGGGUCAGUAGUGCCUGUGGAAAAUGAAAUGGAAAAAUUAUAGCCAAUUGAAAUGCAUAAAAAAGCCAGGCUACAUUUUCCCACUCAGUCAACAGCAUUGUGCAUCGAUCGACAUUAGGUUUAUGUGUGUCUAUAAACUUGAGCAAUAUCACAUUUAUUUGAUUUUGAGAUGUCUUUGUUGUGAUCGUGAAAAUAAUUUUCAAUAGUUUCUUUGUUGAUUGAAAUAUAAAGAUGCUUUGUUUUGCUGUAGGCUUUGGUUUCAAGGCGGUUAUGGUUAUGGUUGUGUACAUCGGCUGCUGUCCAAGGUUCUGAAAUCGAGUGUCCGCGUCGCAAAAAAGGGGCAUGUCAUAGAAGCGAUGCUGUGAGAGAUGAAGCGUGAUGUUUGCCAUUACGGCUAACGUUGUAAACGAAAUAACUUGUCGGCGGCUGCUAGUGCUAGCAAACCUAUAGUGUUGCAAUUCAAUACGUCAAUGGAUGGAUCAAAUGUUUUCUGGCGAGUUUUUGCAUUGAUCUGUGUCAGUGGAACCUCCGUUAGCAUUGCGCCUGCUGCGGAAAUGCGUACAAAAGUAGCCUUUUCAUGUAAAACCCAACAUGAGAGAGGGAAAAUUAAAACGUAAACGCAAUCACUUGCCUAAAUAUUCUGAUAUCAUUUUUUAUUUUGUAGAAAGAUAAGCUUGAAAUGGAAAUGGUCUAAUUAGUUUAACAAACGAAAAGACAUGCUGUAUCGAAGUUUAGCUUUUUCAAUUAACCAUAAAAUCUAUCGUUUUUUUCUGGUUGCUUAUCAAAGUUGAUUCGGCUUUGUAGAAUAGCCCUUUGUAGGCACAACAACAGUGCACAGCAAAACCACCACUGAAAAACGUAAACAAUGUCACGUGGCGUUUGAAACAGCAGCAGCUCAAUGCACCGUCAUAAAAACUACAUUUAAAAGUUUUUUAUGUAUUUUUCAAAUAAUUUCAAAUAUCAUGUUAUACCCUUACAUGUAACAAUUAUGUAUUUUUACACGUUUUUUUUCCAUCUAAAAUAUACACUGUAAAAAAAAAUAUAUAUAUAUAAUGCCUCUUUAAACUGAAGUGAACACGUCCCCCUACUGCAAGGAUAGGAAGCAGUCUAAAGUGUCCCAAGUAUAGCAAGGUGUCUAAUAAAUUCUAGCUUUCCAUGUCCACUACGCUGCAGAAUGACAUGUACAUAACCAGUGAGGUGUCUCUCUCCUCUGUCCAGACUCAUUGACGGCCACAACAUCACCACUGAGGACCAGCACAUGUGGCUGAUCCCAUUUUUCUGUGGCCAGCACCACACCCUGACAGUGAACUUUGACAAGGCACAGACGGUGGCUGGCCUCCGCAUCUGGAACUACAACAAGACCCCAGAGGACUCCUACAGAGGGGUGAGAGAGAGUCACUUGUUUAGUCACUGAGAUAGAGAACUUCCUGGGUUUAGUAGUCUGGAAGUGUCAAUUGAAAUAGAAAUAUCUGGGCCCUGUAGGUCGCCUUUGUAUUUCUGAGUUUUGUCAUUAAAUGUGCAGUGCAUUGUAGUUGUACAAAUCUAUACGAUGCCCCAUAAGGGUGCAUGUACAAUAUAUCAAAUUACUGCCAUAGAUCUUUAAAUAUCUCUGAAUAUUUACUGAGAAUGUUGUGUAAGGGGUGAAUCCCUAUUCCCCACAAAAACACAAUUCUAACCAUGAUACACAUUUGUUAAGAUACCCAUCUCUUAUUAUCCCUAUUCCUGUGUUCUCCAGGUAAAGGUGAUCCAUGUGUCUCUGGACGAUACACUCAUCUCUCCAGCAGAGGGCUUCCUCAUCAGGAAGGGACCAGGGAACUGUCACUUUGACUUUGCUCAGGAGAUCCUCUUCAUCGACUUCCUUCAGAACCCCACCACUGGCCUGGUCAACAGCAAGACUACAUCAGAGGACCUGGUCUACACACUCAAGUGAGUACUUGGAGGCUAGUCUAAUCCCAGAUCUGUUUGUUCCGUCUUGCCAAUGACCAAAAGAGUUGGCAAAACAGCACAAACAGAUCUAGGACCAGGCUAGUUGUUGGCCACCUCCCAGUAGGAAGGUGUUUAAAGUAAUGGCUCUGUUGUGAUUUCAUCAGACUGUUUUAAGGCGUCCGCAUGCUUCCCAGCCGAAACAGUUCGGUAGAGUUUAUGCAUAUAUUAUGACGACAUUUUGUGACGUUUUUGUUUGUUUUGGACUUCGGUGAGGGUUUUUUCGGCUGUUCAGGCACACAACAUUUUUCUGGAGGCAAGCCCAAGUUCGGAGCCGAAGUCUACGCCCCUUCGUCUGUGAUUGGUUAACAGUAGGGAUUCUUCAAUAAAGUAUUUGUUGUCAUUCAACGAGAGACGACUCGUUUUUUUCAUUGAAAAAUACUGCACCAAACAUCUUAGAUAUAAAAUUGCGCGGCUAAGAUCUGACAGAUUUCCUGAGUUAUCUUUAGAUUAAUUCUGACUAUUUUGAGGAAGUGUAUACUGGCUACAUUUUUGAAGCGAAGGUCUUUCAAGGGAGUAUUCGAGCACACUCGUUCUGUUCGGCCCAGCUUUUAGCGUCUCGUAAAAUAGCAUUCUGUCCAUUAUCCGCACUGUGCCAAACACUUGCAGUACCAGUCAAAAGUUUGGACACACCUAAUCAUUCAAGGGUUUUUCUUUAUUUUUACUAUUUUCUACAUUGUAGAAUAAUAGUGAAGACAUCAAAACUAUUAAAUAACACAUAUGGAAUCAUGAAGUAACUAAAAAAGUGUUAAACAAAUCAAAAUAUAUUUUAUAUUCUUAAAAGUAGCCACCCUUUGCCUUGAUGACGGCUUUGCACACUCUUGGCAUUCUCUCAACCAGCUUCAUGAGGAAUUAUUUUCCAACAGUCUUGAAGGAGUUCCCACAUAUGCUGAGCACUCUUUGGCUGCUUUUCCUUCACUCUGCGGUCCAACUCAUCCCAAACAAUCUCAAUUGGGUUGAGGUCGGGUGAUUGUGGAGGCCAGGUAAUCUGAUGCAGCACUCCAUCACUCUCCUUCUUGGUCAAAUAGCCCUUACACAGCCUGGAGGUGUGUUUUGGGUCAUUGUCCUGUUGAAAAACGAAUGAUAGUCCCACUAAGCGCAAACCAGAUGGGAUGGCGUAUCGCUGCAGAAUGCUGUGGUAGCCAUGCUGGUUAAGUGUGCCUUGAAUUCUAAAUAAAUUACAGACAGUUUCACUAGCAAAGCACCCCCACACCAUCACAGCUCCUCCUCCAUGCUUCAUGGUGGGAACCACACAUGCGGAGAUCAUCCGUUCACCUACUCUGCAUCUCACAAAGACACAGCGGUUGGAACAAAAAAUCACACAUUUGGACUCAUCAGACGAAAGGACAGAUUUCCACUGGUCUAAUGUCCAUUGCUCGUGUUUCUUGGCCCAAGCAAGUCUCAUCUUCUUAUUAGUGACCUUUAGUAGUGGUUUCUUUGCAGCAAUUCAACCAUGAAGGCCUGAUUCACACAGUCUCCUCUGAACAGUUAAUGUUGAGAUGUGUCUGUUACUUGAACUCUGAAGCAUUUAUUUGGGCUGCAAUCUAAGGAGCAAUUAACAAUAAUGGACUUAUCCUCUGCAGCAGAGGUAACUCUGGGUCUUCCUUUUCUGUGGCGGUCCUCAUGAGAGCCAGUUUCAUUGUAGCGCUUGAGGGUUUUUGCGACUGCACUUGAAGAAACUUUCAAAGUUCUUGAAAUUUUCAGGAUUAUUAAUUUUACAUCAUAAUUUUAAACAUUGGCUAAGCUGCACAGGAGGCAGACAGGUGUUCCUCUUUCAGGAACUACGAUAUGGCAGCAACUAUAAAGAUUAGCCUAUAUCAUCAUACAAAAUGUGUCCAAAGUGUAGGGACUGUGUCCUGCUUGUGCAACUGAAAUAUCUGUUACAAAACAGGUUGUAACCUUCAUAAUAUAUAUAUGUUUUGGAAUGUUCGUUCAAAUCGCCUCAGGGUUUUUAUUUCAGCUGUUCAGAAAUAUGAGGCAGAGACAUAGGCUACAUCAAAAACAAAUGUGUGCAUAAAAUAACACAUGCGCAGAACGUGAUCCGGAUCCUUAGCUUUAAAAAAUUGCCACGGCCUAAUUCAUAUGCUCAAGGUCAGUAUUGUAAUACAAUAUGAGAUAUAAUCUUAAGGUUUGUGUCUUGUGUGGUUUUCAGAGCUGGUUCCAAAAGACAGGAGCAGCCCAGCAUGGACUAUGAGGCCCCCAUCAUGCCUUGUGGAUGUAUCCUUCCUCCUGCUGCUCGUAAGAAAUAGUCCCACAGAAUACAGUAUGCCUUUACUAACAUAACAUUUCACCUUACAUAGUCACCUUACAUGGACAUGCAGAAAUAAUGCGAAGAGUGGAUAGAAUUGACCCACAAAAUACAUAAAUCACCUUUUAGUGGAUAAAAUUGGCAAAUAUAUAUUAUUAUUUUUAUUUGUUUUGCCUUUCAUAAAAUCAUACUUUACAUAUUCAAUGUCAUUACAACCACUUUUGCCUGCCAGGAUACUGUGAUCUGGACAGUCACUAAUAUACUAGAUGACUGCCAAAGUCCUGAGUGUGUGCAAGGCUCCAGGUCUCUCUUCCUUAACCCUUGACCCACCAGUCAUCUUCCAGCUGCAGCUGCUGACCACCUGGGGUGAUCCCUACUACAUCGGCAUGAACGGCCUGGAGUUCUAUGACCAGAACGACGAGAAGAUCCCCCUCAGUGACAACAGUAUCCUACCUACAAUGUAAACACCACAAACACACACUGAGAACCAUCACUGCUGCAAUCUACACUUGGUGGUCGCUAGUCUCACUUGACCUGACUGGCUGAGCUACUGUAGCUAGCGUGAGACUUCGAGUCUGGGUUGAGACUGGUCACCAACCCUGGUCCUGGAAAUCCACAGGGUGUACAGGCUGUCGUUAUAGCCCAUCAUGAAAACACAUGAUUCAGUCGAUCAAGGGUGUGAUGAUUAGUUGAAACAGGUUUGUUUAGUGCUGGGGUGGAACGAAAGCCUGCUCUCCCUUUACUGUCGUCACUAUCUGGCCAACUUGCAAAGUCGAAAACCCUGCCUAGUUCUACAAUUUAUCUUCUUAAAAUCUGAUUUUAACCGUAAUCCUAACCUUAACCACACUGAUAACCUCAUGCCUAACCCUAAUCUUAACCACACUGAUAACCUCAUGCCUAACCUUAACCACACUGAUAACCUCAUGCCUAACCCUAACCUUAACCACACUGAUAACCUCAUGCCUAACCCUAACCUUAACCACACUGAUAACCUCAUGCCUAACCCUAACCUUAACCACACUGAUAACCUCAUGCCUAACCCUAACCACACUGAUAACCUCAUGCCUAACCCUAACCUUAACCACACUGAUAACCUCAUGCCUAACCCUAACCUUAACCACACUGAUAACCUCAUGCCUAACCUUAACCACACUGAUAACCUCAUGCCUAACCCUAACCACACUGAUAACCUCAUGCCUAACCCUAACCACACUGAUAACCUCAUGGCUAACCCUAACCUUACCCACACUGAUAACCUCAUGCCUAACCCUAACCUUACCCACACUGAUAACCUCAUGCCUAACCCUAACCUUGACCAUACUGAUAACCUCAUGCCUAACCCUAACCACACUGAUAACCUCAUGCCUAACCCUAACCUUAACCACACUGAUAACCUCAUGCCUAACCCUAACCACACUGAUAACCUCAUGCCUAACCCUAACCUUACCCACACUGAUAACCUCAUGCCUAACCCUAACCACACUGAUAACCUCAUGCCUAACCCUAACUUUGACCACACUGAUAACCUCAUGCCUAACCCUAACCACACUGAUAACCUCAUGCCUAACCCUAACCUUACCCACACUGAUAACCUCAUGCCUAACCCUAACCUUAACCACACUGAUAACCUCAUGCCUAACCCUAACCACACUGAUAACCUCAUUCCUAACCCUAACCACACUGAUAACCUCAUGCCUAACCCUAACCUUAACUACACUGAUAACCUCAACCAAACUGAUAACCUCAUGCCUAACCCUAACCUUAACCACACUGAUAACCUCAUGCCUAACCCUAACCUUAACCACACUGAUAACCUCAUGCCUAACCUUAACCACACUGAUAACCUCAUGCUUAACCCUAACCUUGACCACACUGAUAACCUCAUGCCUAACCCUAACCUUAACCACACUGAUAACCUCAUGCCUAACCCUAACCACACUGAUAACCUCAUGCCUAACCCUAACCUUACCCACACUGAUAACCUCAUGCCUAACCCUAACCUUAACCACACUGAUAACCUCAUGCCUAACCCUAACCUUAACCACACUGAUAACCUCAUGCCUAACCCUAACCACACUGAUAACCUCAUGCAUAACCAUAACCACACUGAUAACCUCAUGCCUAACCCUAACCUUACCCACACUGAUAACAUAAUAUAUAAUAUAAUAAUAUAAUAAUAUAAUAUAAUAUAAUAUAAUAAUAAUAACCUCAUGCCUAACCCUAACCUUAACCACACUGAUAACCUCAUGCCUAACCUUAACCACACUGAUAACCUCAUGCCUAACCCUAACCUUAACCACACUGAUAACCUCAUGCCUAAACCUAACCUUAACCACACUGAUAACCUCAUGCCUAACCCUAAUCUUACCCACACUGAUAACCUCAUGCCUAACCCUAACCUUAACCACACUGAUAACCUCAUGCCUAACCCUAACCUUAACCACACUGAUAACCUCAUGCCUAACCCUAACCUUAAAUGAAAACCAAAAAGCAAGUUUUUGUUUUCAUAAAUGUUUACGAUAUAGCCUAUUUUUAUUUUGCAGCUUGGCCAUACAGUAUAUUAGGAACCCAAGCUCCUGGACCAAGUUUGUUGUAAUUUACCCUGAAAUAGUAAAAGGGGGUACUCUAGUGGAGGAAAUGGAAAUGGCAGUGGUAAUGCCAUAGUAGUGAACACAGUUUGCCUGAGUCCGUUCUUUAACAGUGCUUCUCCUAGAUAUCGCUGCGUUCCCAGACAGUGUGAAUGUCCUGGACAGUGUAAACGGUGAUAUAAGGACUCCAGAUAAGCUGGUAGAUGGAGUGAACAACACUCAUGAUGGCAGACACAUGUGGCUAGCACCGGUGCUCCCCGGACUGGUGAAUCGCGUGUAUCUUAUAUUUGACCAGCCAGUGACCGUGUCCAUGAUCAAACUGUGGAACUACUCCAAGACACCACAGAGGGGGGUAAAGGAGUUUGGGGUAAGUCAGUCUCCUGUUCUCUCUCCUCUUUAGUACAGUAACACUGACCAUAUUCAUCAGAGAGACCCAGAUCUUAGGACUUGGGAACAGAGCAGAAUACUAAUAAUUUCUGACAACAGUGGACUAAUAAAGUACUAUUAUUAUUACUAUAUUACUAUAUCCCUAGAUAUUUUAUGUAUACAAUAAUCUGUUCUCUGAUUUACCUUUCUGGGUGAAAAUAAGAGCUAAUAAAUUAAUGACUUACUGUUAGAACUAAUAGGAAUGUAUGUCCUUGAAAAGACAUGAGAGUUCCUCCACUAUGCUUCCCACAGUCUCCUGUGGGUAGCAUAAUGUAAGCCUGUAAGCCUUCCUUGUGUCUUCCUUGUGUAGCUGUUAGUCGAUGAUCUUCUGGUGUAUAAUGGCAUCUUGGACAGCGUGAGCCAGGCGGCGCGGGGCAUCCUGCCCACCUGUGACCCGGUGGUGCCCUACCACACCAUCCUCUUCACCGACAACGCCUGCAUCGCCCACCGUGAAAGGAACACUGUAAUCAGGUAACCCAGCAUGGGAUUGGCUGCUGCAGCCUGAUAUAAGCGAAUGAUUUGCUCUGCUGCCUGUCCAUCAAAAUUCACACAUGCGCAGAUAGGUUUGGCUGCUUGGACAACAAUUUGCACACACGCUUAUUGUUUCAUUCUGUCUAGCUGCUGUCAACGUGUUCAUAGUGGCAGAGUAUGUGAAGUCAUUUACCAUAUUCAUAUGUUGUUUACGAAGCAUGUGACAAAUACAAUUUGAUUAAAAUGAGUUGUUUCAAAUGGCAGUAGACUGGGUAGCAUAGUGGAGGAACUCUCAUGUCUUUUCAAGGACGGACAUUCCUAUUAGUUCUAACAGGGAGUGAUUGGCACUGAAGUCUUUCUCUUUGUUAAACGGAGAUGUGCUCUCUCUACUCCAGCCCCCGAGGUAGUAGCAGACAUCACUAUCUGAAACAGUGAGUAACAGAGUCCCUGAUUAGCCUUGUGUCAGUCAGCCCUCCCUUGUGGUUGAUGUUGUGUUUAUAACAGGUUGCGUUCAUGUCACCCCAGUCAUCCCAACCUCCAGCCCACAGCUUAGCUUGUGAUGCCAAGUCCUUCUAGUUCCAACAGACCUCCUAGUCCCUUGUCACUCUUUGUCUCUCCACCUCUGUAGCUUCUUUGUAGGACAUAAGACUUGGAUUUUCAAGCUUGGUUGUCUGUCCGUCCUCCAUUUUGUGUCCUCCGCAGCUCCUGUGCUCCUGCCUUUCAUAUACCUGGCCAGAUUAUGCAGAGGCAGAAAUGAAACUGGUUUGUUUUUCCCUCCUUUUUUUGUUUUGCAGUAACUAUGUGGAGGACCAAGAUGUGAAGAUGACCAAUGAGAAUCAGAUAGUCCAUCACAACAAGAAGAAACAAACAGCUGAUCCAGGUAGCCAAUGCAAUUGUCAGAAUUUCUUUGUUCAGUAUAUAUACAUUUCAAAUUAUCACGUAUAAUACAAUAAUCAGUGAGAAGCAAAUCACGUAUAAUACAAUAAUCAGUGAGAAGCAAAAAAAAAAAAAAAGCUUUAACUACCUUGUUACAUUAUCAAUAUUGUUAGAGGUGAUAUUUCUACACUAUUAUUAACCCAGAUGUUUUGGUGUCUUUUAAACAUACCAAAUACAACAAAACGUCUGCAUGAAUGUCCCCCCUGCCUGCUGAAAAGCAUGGGGAGUAAAUACAUUUAAAAACGCAUUUUCUUUUGAUGUUUUGUCUGUUUUUGUGUGUGAACAACCCUUAAUUUCUUUGACACUAUAAUUACCCACAACCAUAUUUGCUUUCCCAUCUUGCAGCGCUUCGGCCUAAAACCUGCAUGACGGACACUGGAAAGCUGGGGAAAAGGAGGUACUGA